UAUGUAGGUUAUGUAUAAUAAAGCAGACUUUUUUAAUGUUUAGAGAAAGAUUUAUUUUAUCUAGCUAUUCUUUCGUUUACUUGCUCACUGUCAAUCCUAUUUCACCAACAUUUUUUAUCUUUACAGGACAAUUAAAUAAUACAAAUAAUAAUCAUGAAGUGAUGAGCUAUCAUUAAAAAAAAUAUAUAAACUAGUUAUUUCUCAUUAAAGGUCAAUCAAUAUCAGUACUAGAUAACUUUCAAAAUUGAGCAAUUUACGUCACGUCUAUAAUAACACGAGUACUUGAUGAGAAGAUUCCUUUUCUAGUUUAUAUGUUCUUGAAAUUCAAGAAUAAUGCUAUCUAAACAAAUCAGCAGGUUGGCGAUCAGAUCGUCUCACAAUUAUAUUUUCAACCGUACAAUAUGUUCUUCCUCUAUUCUUCGUAGAAAAAAGAGAAUAAAUCCUAUUAUAAGAACCUGGGAAAUCUUAAAACAAGAUGUCCAAAAUAUGGGGUCAUCUUUUGAAGAAAGUGAAAUGAGGGCUCACAAUUCAUUUCCCUCCCACACAGAUAUUUUGGUUAUUGGAGGAGGUAUAAUGGGAACUUCCACUGCAUAUUGGUUGAGGGAAAAAUCAGGUUUACGAGGAGUGAAUGUUACAGUUGUUGAAAAAGAUCCUUCAUUUUCUAAAAGUACAACUUGUUUAUCGGUUGGAGGCUUGAGACAGCAAUUCUCAUUACCAGAAAAUAUACAGAUGUCCUUAUUUGGAGCAGAAUUUCUGAGAACCCUAAAAGAUCGUUUUGGUGAAGAUGCUGACGUAUGCUUCACACCCAAUGGAUACUUGACUUUAGCUGGUGAAGAUGGUGCUCACCAAUUGUUAGAUAAUCAUAAACUGCAGAAAUCUUUAGGUGCAAACAACAUCAUUUUGAAUAAGAAACAACUGGAGGAAAGGUUUCCUUGGAUGAACACAGAUGGCAUUGAACUAGGUUGUUUAGGUAUGGAAAAAGAAGGUUGGUUUGAUCCUUGGUCUCUACUGAAUCUGAUGAAGAGGGGUGCAACAGAUUUAGGAACCCGAUUCGUCCAUGGGGAAGUAACCAAUUUCUUGUUUACUGAAACUAAUGUUUCAGUCUCAGGUGACGAGGAAAAUACUCAAUAUACAGGAUCAAAUGAAGUUGUUGUAAAAUUGCCUAAUGGAGAGGAAAAAACUAUUACAUUUUCUAUAUGUGUAAUUGCUACUGGUAGUGAAACUAAUGAAAUAGCCAAAUUAGCUAAAAUAGGAACAGGAAAAGGCAUUUUAUCUGUACCUGUGCCAGUAGAAAGAAGGAAACGCUAUGUAUAUAGGUUCUUGUGUCAGGGUGAACAACCAGGUAUAAAUUCACCAAUGACAAUUGAUAAAACAGGUACCUAUUUUAGACGAGAGUGCCUAGGUGGAUCUUUUAUCUGCGGAUUGAGUCCUCUUCCUGAAGAGGAACCAGCAACUGAUAAUUUAGAUGUAGAUUAUAAUUAUUUUGAUUCAUCCAUAUGGCCUAUUCUUGCUGAAAGGGUGCCAGCAUUCAACUGUGUGAAGUGCCAGAGUGGUUGGAGUGGGUAUUAUGACUACAAUUAUUAUGAUCAAAAUGGCAUAAUUGGUAUACAUCCAUAUUACGGCAAUUUCAUUUUUGCUACAGGCUUCAGUGGUCAUGGUAUUCAACAAGCUCCAGCUGUUGGACGUGCAGUUGCCGAACUGAUUUUAGAUGGAGGAUUUAAAACUAUAGAUCUAACUCGAUUAAGUUUUGAUAGAAUAAUUGUAAAUAAGCCAAUGUAUGAAGUAGCUAUCGUUUAAAAUGUAUAGAUAUGUAUAUUAAUAAUUCUUGACAAGUAA